CGUCCCAGUAGUUCUAGCGACCGGAUGGUGUAUUUACUCGUGGGACAUGCAAAAGAAAAUCAUACAUAUAUUUGACCCGGUGGCACCAACACUACCCGACGAUUAUGCACAAAUCCAUGAAGCCAUCGCGGAUAAGAUCCACAUAGCAUUGUUCACGUGCUUUCUGAAGUUUUUUGACAACUGGCACGUCGGCUGUACCAACUGGGCAAAGCAAUUCCCAGUUGUUACCUCAUCCAUAUUUAGCAAAUCGGAGAGUGGGAUCUGCAUCCUUCAUUUUGGCAGGCAUUUCAACGGUUCUUCGCUUGAGCAGCAGCUGACAAAUGAUUCGAUCAUCCGCGAGAAGGGAUUAUUCCUCCAUCAGCUGAUGAAGCUUGAUGGCAACCUUAUAGAGGUCCCAACUGGAAUCAAGUCCAUCAUAUCGUCUCCUUAGCGACCACACGGCACCAGCAUUCAUAAGUGUAGUAGUCAGAUAUGAGUUGUUGACCUGCCCCCAGUGGAUGUUAUAAGUUUCUAUCAGAAAAUAACACACUGAAGUUGUGAUUGUUCUUUCUUAGAUGUGCACUAAUUUGUUUCCACCGAAGAGGUACUGCAAAAACCGUCGAAACAAGCACAAUUUCUGUUCAGAAGGGUGAACCUUACUCCAGUUUA